AUGAAGUUGCUCACCAUCGCGACAGGUGCGAGUCUUUUGGCAUUGGCGUCUCAGACGGCUUAUGCAGCUUCUUGUUCUGGUGAUCUCAAGGUGACCUCGCAAGGUGAUCUUGAGAGUCUCAGCACAUGCAAGAAGUAUCAAGGCACAAUCAGCAUCGAUCGUACAGCCAUCAACAAAAUUUCCUUUAGCGGAGUAGAGGCAUUGUCAGGUGAUUUGAUUGUUAAAGACAAUGACGCUCUCUCCACACUCGACCUUGGCAGCAUUAAAAUCGUCGAUGGCCAAGUGAAGCUUGAAAACAACAAGGUCAUGAACAAAUUCAUUGCAAAGUCGCUUACGGGUGUGCGGAGCUUUGAAAUUGCUGUGCAUCCAGCCUUGUCAACGCUUGCAUUUGCUGCCGGACUGGAACAAGCGGAUCGUUUCAUCGUUUCGGAUACUACCACUACACGCAUCGAUGGUCUCAAGCUUUCAAAGGUGUCUGAACUUGUCAUUGAUAACAACAUUUAUCUUAAAUCGGUUGACUUUGGCAACAUGACGGAGGUCUCUUCAAGCCUUAAAGUGUCAGCCAACUCACCCAGCCUCAACUUGGAUCUCAAGAAUGUCAAGAAACUCAAGGAUGCUGCCUUCCGUAAUCUUGCUGGUGUCGCAUUGGAUAACCUUAAGCAAGUCAGCGGUGAUAUUUCUUUCAUCUCCAAUACGUUUGGGGAAUUGAGCCUUCCUGAAAUUUCGGAUGUAGCAGGCACCCUGACUAUCACCAGCAACAGCCAACUUUCCAAACUUGGAUUGCCAAAGCUUCAACGACUUGGUGGUGCCUUGUCCGUUGGCAACAACAACAACCUUGGAACCAUUGACUCGUUCCCCAAGCUUGAAGAGGUGGAUGGUACUUUGGAUAUCACUGGCAAUUUUGAUGAAGUGCAAUUACCCAAGUUGGCUGAUGUACGUGGUGGCCUUAACGUGCAAACAUCCAGCAGCAAAUUCUCGUGCAACGAUAUGAGCAAGCUUAAGAAUGGUGUCAUCAAAGGCAACUCAUUCAUGUGCAAGGCAGCUGUGGCCAAACCAAAAUCAGGAAUGACUGGCAAAGGCGGUGUCGGUGGCAGUGGUUUUGAUGAUUCCUCGGCUUCAUCCAUUUCAAUGCAAUUAGGCACAAUCAUCUUUGGUGCAAUGAGUGUGGCUGGUACAUACUUUUUGCUUUAA